GGCGCAGCCAACCAGCCUCCUCGGCGUCCAUCGCGACAGACACGCACGCACUCUCCUUCUGGGCACUCAUCCAGACCCGGCGUCUGUACGGCAGACUUUUGCUUGAUUCCUCGCGCACUGCAGACAGCGGCUGCAAACCACAACCAGCAGCAGCAUGUACGCCGGCCACAUGCCACCGCUGCCGCCGGCGGGCAGCCAUCACUACGCUGGCUAUGGCCCAUCCUCCUCUGCUGCGCCCUCCUACUCGCAUCCUCCCCCACCCAGCAUGACACAUCCAGCCCACGCCGCUGCUGCUGCCGUCGCCGCGGCUGCAGCUGCACAUCAGCAUCAGCAGCAGCAGCAGCAGCAGCAUGACGCACACAUGGCCGCACAAGCAGCAGCCGCACACCAUCCGCAUGCGCAGCAAUCUGCUGCGCCAGCGCCAAGCUCACUCUCGAGCAUCUACGGCUUCACGUCUGCCGCGCGCAUGGGCUUCCCGCAGUCCAAUCAAGCUGGCAGCGCCUACGGCGGCUCAGCUGGUGCACAGCAGACCCAUUCAUCUACUGCAGCAGGAGCAGGUGGUGGUGUGGAUCACCAGGCAUAUCAUGCCCACUACGGCGCGCAGCCGCUGCACCCCGCCGUCGCCUACCCGUACCCUUCCUACGGCCCGCCCGGCGCAACUUCAGGUGGCGGCUACUAUUCGCAGCACCAGCACCACCAGCAGCAACAUCAGCCACCACUGCCGAACGCAGGCUCACCGUAUGCCGCCGCCGGCUACGCCGGUUACCGUCCCGCCGCGAACGGCUAUGCGUCCGCGCCGCCACAUGGCGCUGCAUAUCCGCCUGGCGGACUCGGGUCCGAUCUCAACGCCGCUGCUGCUGCUGCUGCUGGCAUCGGCAGUGCAAAUCACCAGACCCACCAGCACCAACAGCACCACCCACAAUAUCACCAGCAACACCACCAGCAGCACCCCCACAUGUCCGACACUGCAGCGCUUGCGCUUCCUGCCACUCCUGACUCACCCACGCAGUCGCCGCCUUCAACAGCAGCAGUAGUAUCCAAGCGGCGGAAGAGCAACAAGGGUACCAAGUCCUUUGCAGCGGCUGCGGCAUCCGAAGCCGAAACUCAAGCUGAAGCUGAAGCCGAAGCCGCCACUACUGCGUCUUCCGCUGCGAAGAAUGGGUUAGGCCUCGCGGGGAAGAGGCGUGGCGCGAAGGCAAAAGCGGUGCCGGCGUCUGCCGCUGCCAGCACCAGCGCCAGCACCAGCACCAGCGCAGGGACAAAGUCUCAGCACAAGAGAGAAGGACGUGCCGGAUCUGGAGCCAGCGCAGGCGCAAGCGGGAGCGCGGACGCGGACCGAAAAGGCGCCAAGAGUGGCGCUGUUGGCGCAAAGGAGACGGGCCUCGAUUCCGAUGAUCCUUCAAAGCUGUCCGGGACGGUGACCAUGUUCCAGUGCACCGGAUUUGGGGACUGCAACAUGGUGUUCACGCGCAGCGAGCAUCUGGCUAGGCAUGUUCGCAAACACACCGGCGAGCGACCAUUCCGGUGCCACUGCCUCAAGUCGUUCUCACGCUUGGACAACCUGCGGCAGCACGCACAGACCGUACAUGCCGAGACUCCGGAGCGCAACGAGCAGAUGAUGCAGCAGCUCAUUGCGCUGCAUGCGUCGCUCGCCGCAUCCGCUGCCCAAGUGCAGUACGCCCACCAACAAGUCCUUGGAAAAGCCAGCCCGGCAGACGUCCCGCUCAACCACAACUCGCGCCGCAACCGCGGCGGCGGAAAGGGAAAGCUUGGCAAGAAGAACCCCAAGAACACGUACGUCCCUGUCCAGCUCGUCGCGGACGGCAGCGCCAAUGCCGAGAGCCCAGGGUCAGGCGCAGCGUCAGGCUCAGGCGUAGGAGUAGGCUCAUCCGGAAUGCACGCGGGCAAAGUCUCGCCAUCCACGCGUUUCCAGAGGCACAGCAGCAUGACCGAAUUGAGCAUGCUCCCGCCCGCAGCAGCGCGCAACCCCAUUCUCCCGCCUCCCGGCACCGCCCUGUACGAUGGCAGCAGCUGCAGCGGUGGCGGACAACCAAGCUCACACGCAAACGGCGCCGCAGUGUCCGCAGUGUCGCUGCAGCACCGCCACUCGAUCGCGCAUCCGCAUAUGCCCCCUGCGCACGCUAGGUUCGACUCGGCGCACGACGACACCGCCGGAUACGCCCGGUACGACCCGUACUCUGGCGCGCCAGGCUCGGCCGGCGCGGGUCCCUCUGGUAGUGGCGGUGGUGGCGCCGCCGCCGCCAGCAGUGGCCCAGGGGGUUCAGGCGUCUACUUUGGAUACGAAGACCAGCCGGCGCCAAGCCCCGCUGGUCCAGGCGCGUCGGCAUCCGACCCGUCGUACAGUGUCGCCGCCGGAGGCUACGACGUAUACAGCGACCCGUCCAGCGGCUACGGCGCCGCGACGGACUCGUCGGCCGCCGCAUACGCACCCUUCUACCCCGCGCGAGGACCCGCUGCGUACGGCUCCACGGCCCCUAUCCCGCCCAGCGACCCGCACGCGCCUGCGAACCACUGGGCAGACGGCCCAGCCCCAGGCGCAGGCGCCGCUCACGAUGGCGGCUACGCUGCCAAUGGCUUUAC